AUGUUUACCAGAGCAGUUCAAGAACAUCCUGAGCGGCAAAAGAAAUCAAAUGCAUUGCAACAAAACCGCGGCCGACUUAAUGCUACCGUAGCAUCUCAUAACGUGCAAACGAAUUCCUUGCGAAAGACCGAUUUCACAUCAGAAUUCAAUAGAAGUGCCUUGGAUGAUCUUCACGAUGCCGUCUUCUUCGGAGAAAACGAAUCCGAGAACGAUGACUUUCUUGAAAUAGAGAACGCAGUUUCGAAACACACCCAAACACAGAGCAUAUCCCACAGUUCAACCUUUGCAGAAACUAAUCCACGAGCAAACGAUAGCACUGUCCCUGCAACGGCUAUACCUUCCAGCAGCAUUCCAAUACCUUGGUCAUCCUCUCCACCGCGUGAGCCUGAAUGCCCCAAUCCAGCCCAGCGGCAGCAGAAAAAAAGAGCUCUGCCUUGGGAAGAUAUUACCCAAGAGAACAGCGGAAAAUCAGGGGCCUACUCGGACUAUUUGGCAGCUAAUUCAAGCAACGCCUUUAAAAAGCCCAUGGUUAAUAGCUACCGUGUUCCAUCAAAGCUACAACAACCAUUACCCCACAGUGAAGUCAUUGAUGCAGAACAGACCUCUAUAAAUAAGGAGAAAAAGCACAUGCCAUGGGAUAAAACCUUUAGUGCCGUUAAGGAGGAACAAAAGGAACUAAGAAAACAGAUGAAAAUUAAAUCUUUGGCUUCAUCGGAGAAGAGACUCAAUACCACGCUGCGGCCAUCAAAUACCCGGGUUCCGUCUAUUUUUUUUAGUGAGGAACAGAACCAGGUUAUUGAAACAAUUGUAAAAAGGGGUAAAAGUGUUUUCUACACAGGUUCCGCAGGAACGGGUAAAUCUGUGUUGAUGCGGGAGGUUAUUAGACAACUACGACUGAAAUAUCGGCGGGACUUGGAUGCUGUUGCCGUCACGGCAUCUACGGGGCUAGCAGCCUGUAAUAUCGAAGGAGUAACCCUUCAUAGCUAUGCUGGGGUUGGGCUUGGGAAGGAAUCUACUCAGGAGCUUGUCAAGAAGGUGAAACGAAACCAAAAAGCCAAAAAUCGCUGGCUGAAAACCAAGGUACUUAUCAUUGAUGAAAUAUCUAUGGUUGACGGAGACUUUUUCGACAAGCUUGAAGAACUUGCCCGUAAAAUUAGAGGUAAUGGAAGGCCGUUCGGUGGCAUCCAGCUCGUUACCACUGGUGAUUUUUUCCAACUGCCACCUGUCCCUGAGGGCGGCAAAGAAGCGAAAUUUGCAUUUGCAGCAGCAACAUGGAAUACAUCAAUCCAACACACAAUCCUCUUAACGCAAGUGUUCAGACAGAAAGACCCUGAUUUUGCGAAUAUGCUGAACGAAAUGCGACUUGGCCGCCUAAGCCCCUCCGCUAUUCAAGCAUUCAAGGAACUUUCACGACCAUUGAAUUGUGGUGAUAAUAUAGAGGCCACAGAACUGUAUGAUACUAAAUUCCAGGGAUAUAUUCAUCUGAAGCUAAUAGUUAUAAUUGACAGAUUUCCUACAAGGGCAGAAGUGGACCUAGCUAACUCGGAGAGAAUGAACCGCCUUUCAGGGUCAGUUAUGACAUUCCAUGCCGCUGAUUCUGGAGCAAUCAAAGAUGAGCAAAUUCGGGCCAAACUGCUGAGUAAUUGCAUGGCACCACCGACUAUUCACCUCAAAAAAGGGGCUCAGGUGAUGCUCAUAAAAAAUAAAGAUGAGACACUAGUGAACGGUUCUCUAGGGACGGUUAUUGCAUUUAUGGACGAAAGUGGAUUCGAAAACCACAUAAGGGAGGGUCAGAAAUAUGACGGCGCCUUUAGUAACUUUGAUGGAGAGACCGACUGGGGAAAGCAAAAAAUAAAUAAUAUGGCUUUUGACCAAAAGUCUGGAUCUGGAGGUGUCACCACAGCCAAGCAAUAUCCUCUGGUUGCUUUUAUAUUGCCGGAUGGAUCGGAGAGGCAGCUUUUAUGUAUGCCUGAAACCUGGAAAAUUGAACUCCCCAACGGCGAGGUUCAGGCUCAAAGACAACAAGUUCCACUUAUCCUUGCAUGGGCUUUAUCAAUACACAAAGCUCAAGGCCAGACCUUACAGCGUGUUAAGGUUGACCUUGGAAGAGUGUUUGAAAGAGGCCAAGCUUAUGUUGCUCUCAGCCGAGCCACGUCGAAGAAUGGGCUUCAGGUGUCUCGGUUUGACCCGAAGAAAGUCAUGGUACACCCCAAAGUGACACAAUUCUAUCAAAGUUUAUCGAGUAUCAACGAUAUAAAUAGCGGAAAUAAGCCCAAGACGACUCGAGAAGGGAAUAACUCAGACCCGGAAGACGAUUUUGAUUCGAUAGCUCAGUACGUUUAG